AUGGCAUACAAGAUGCUUGACCCCAAGUACACGGCACAAUCCCUGCUAGAUGCACACUGUGCAAUUCGCCACAAGACGAUGAUCGCCUUCGCAGAAAAUUUCAGGGCCUACGCCCCCGAAUCAGGAUACUCUGACGAAAUUCUAAUCGUCAAAAUCAGGGAACAACGGUCAAGCCACAUUCAGACGGUCAUGCAACAAGUCUACUGGACAGACUGCGAUGACCAAGGUGACCGUUCCCAAGGACCUAAUGCAAUGGACACUAGCGCACGAAUCGCACAUGAAUUAUCCCCGGAACAGGAUAGGUGGCUGGCAAACAAACUAUGUUUGUUCUGCGAAAAGCACGCCUAUGAACGAGGAAAACGGUGCCCCUCGCCCAAGCCAGAAUACAAGGGCAAGCGGUUUCAGACACGAUCCGCUCCGAAGCAAGGGCAAGGAAAAGGGAAGGGCAAAACAUCGAACGUGCAACAGGUGGAAGAAGAAAGUAGCGCGGGCUCAUCAGCUCAAAUUGCGGCACUCAAGGGCAAAGGCAAGGCGAAAAGCUCAGAUGCAGCAUCAAUGGCAUCAGCAUCAACGAUCAAGGACAUCAAUGCGAGAAUCGUCGAGAUAGACGAUUUCUCAGAGAAUUUUCAGUACGAAGUGUAG